ACUUGUCACAUUAGACCAACCCUUUCAGCACUGUGUAACUGCCAACUUAAAACCAUGCACAACAGACAACACACAAACCUCAUACACUGGCAUGUGCUGUGUUUAAGUGUCAUAGUGGUUUAGGAUUCAUAAUACCUCAUGAUAUCUCCUUCUACCAUGAAUUGGCCCUGGAGAUGGGAGAUGCUUCUUAUUAGUGUGUUGAUUCAAGGGGGUUUUGUGCCUGGGAUAUAUUGCAAGAAUGGAACUGUCAGUCAUCUGUCAAGGGAAGAGGUUUUACUCUUGAAGGAUGAGGAGGAUCCAAAAUGUUUCACCCGGACAGGAGAGGAUUUCACCUGUUUCUUUGAGGCUGCAGACAGCAGGACGUAUGAUUGGAAGGUUAACAUGGAAGGACCAUACACCAAGCUCCAAUCAUUUUAUUAUACGACUGACAUUCUGACCACACCUGGUCUUUCGCAAAGCUGAGUUGUACUCUUAUUAGUCACCUAUAAAACACUUAAAACUGCAUUAACCUGUAUAAGAGAUAAUUUAUGUUUUAUUGUUUGAUUCAUGCAUAUUACACUAUCUGUUGUGUUUGUCACUUUAGACAUCCAAGCCCGCCAAUUAGGUGUGAUAUCUCUGUCCAGAGUCCAGAAGAAGGAACUUUCCUCCACAUCUGCUCAUUUCCUGACACAGAUGUUCAGUUGUUUAUGGACAUACAUGUUGAAGUUGUGGAGCAUAAUACCAACACCACCCUCUACAACCGGAUUGUCAAUGUGGAGGAUCAAUUUCUUGUGGCUCCCCCUUUCAAUGUGUCUUUACACCAAAAUGGCAAAAUAGGCCAGCUGCUGGUUUUAUGGCACACAGAGGUACCAACAUACUGUGCAGAGAUGUAUAAGAUUCGAUACUCCUCCAAGGGGCUUGGAGAGAAGACUAAAGAGGUAGGGAACAUACAUGGAGAUGUACUAGAUUCUCUGGUACCAGGGGAGGAGACUGAGGUCCAGGUCACUGUCAAAUGUGCCUUUGAAACAACUGCAGGACACUGGAGCAGCUGGUCACACCCUGUGCGAGCCAUGGUUCCCCAAAGUGCAGAUGAUGUUUCAAUAAUGUGCUACACCUCUAACCUGCAAAACAUCACCUGUCAGUGGAAUGGGAGCAGAUAUGGUGUGGAAAAAGAGUGCAAACCCUUCUACAAGAUAGGUCUCAGUGAAGAAUGGACCGAAUGCCUGGUUCAUGAGAAUUUUACUGACCUGUUUCACUUCAAUGGAGAUGAGUCCGGAAAAUUCAGGGUCAAGCUCAACUGCACUGGAACUCCACUCAGCAGAACCUUCUAUACUCAAGAUUUCACUUCUAUCACGAUCAUCAAGACAUCCCCACCAUGUCAUCUGAGAAGAGCACCGAACACAGACAAGUUGUGCUUGGAAUGGGAAGCUCCUCUUCCAUCUCUGGGGGCUCACCUGCAGUAUGAAGUUGGCUACCGGACCAGCGAGGAUGAAGCGUGGAUGACAGCAUUCUCAGAGGGACCAAAGACUGCCACUUGUCUAGAGGCUUCAAUGGGGAGGAAGUACAACGUUAAGGUCCGAACAAAACCUGAUGGGUCCAUUUACUCAGGCCACUGGAGUGCCUGGUCAGAUGUGCUCACUUGUCAAACCACCACUGACAUAGGUGGCUUGCUCCUCGUGUGUAUUCCUGUCCUGAUGUCAGUAACUGCUGUCAUCCUCCUUUCCAUGUACCACAAUAAACUCAAGCAGUAUUUUUGGCCACCGGUGCCCAACCCUGACAAAGUCCUGCAAAGCUUUCUGACUGAGAUCAGCAGACAGAAAUGGGAUCCUCCUCUGAGAUCAAAGCUGUAUUCCGAGGAAACCACUACAUCUGUCGUGGAGAUAAUGUCUGAAGACGAUGUUUCUGAACUGGGGAAGCCAUUGGAGGAAUUUACCCAGCUGCUGUCACCAGGGGAAACCAUCUCCAGUGGAGAACAGGUAGAUGGGAGCCCUGGGACUACAGUAUUUCCAGACUAUGUAACUCUGAACAAAGACAGUGUUAUUCUUUGCCCAAAAGGAAACAAUUAUAUGAAUGAGAAGGCUGUAGAGAAAGGAGUCCCUGGGGUGGAUGAUGAGCUACUCCAAGCAUAUCAGUGUUCCUGCACCGAUGGUUCAGUCUGUGUCCCACCUUGCUUAGGAAGUGACUUUCUUAACCUUUCCUACAUGCAUCUGGCUGAGGCUGCAGACAGAUUUGACUGCAAGGUCACUCCUGCAAGGGGACCAGGCAACCUCUAUACUAAUUUACCCUGCUAGCAAAAUGUACAGUAAAACAAGUUCACCUUGUUUUCACUGGUGCAGAUUUAAAGGAUAAGUCUGAUAGGGAUCUUAGGGAGAAAUCUGACAACAGUGCUGUAUUGAGCAAGAACUGUGACGCAGCAGCUGUUUGCGGUUGCUUGGUGUACUGUUCUUGCUUACUACUGUGCCAAUUCCAAAGAUUACCUAUCAAUAAUUUACAUCCAAAAACAUGGGAAAAUAGUUAUCAGGCUCAAAAAUACCAGGGUUACUGUACAUUAUGCACUUUCACACUGACCUAAGAACACACUGUAAAUUUAUACAGAUCUACACAUCCAAGUUUACUGCAUCAGUAGCUCCAGCUGUGGAAAAGGCUUCCGUAGAAAUAAAAUUGCACAAAGAUGUAAUAGUUAACCCACCCUAUGCCUUAAGCAAAGGUGUGUUACCAUGUACUUGCAGUAUAAUGGAGGUUAGUUUCAAUCAUGGCAUCCUCUCUCUCCACCGUCUUUUAGAGCUGAAAUGCCACAAAGGCAGCACAGGUGAAGUACUUGGGUGGACAAAUCAACAUUUGAAAACUUGUAAAAAUUUUGUUACAGGUUAAGCUUUAGAUUAAAAUGCUGUUUAAGACAUUAUAUAUUACUUUUACGUUUGUGAUUGUAUACAGGAUUUCCUCCACAUUAGGGCUGGAAAUCUCCACUGCUUUGUCUUUAUGACCACUAGAGGAAACCGUAGCUCACAAGAUACUUUGUUAUAGUACAUGUAAAUACUUUUCUCUGUGGCUUUGGUUAUCAAGAGGACUGUACUGUACAGUGUUACCUACUAAUAAUUUCUGCAUUUCUGAUGAGUGUUAAAUGCUUAGAUUAAUCUGAAAAAAAAAAAAAGGAAUUAAGUUUUUAAAAUCUUUUCCAUUGUUUUGGCAGCUAUUGUUUCUUGUUUUAUACUUUAACUCACUAUAACUAAUUUAACUCACUAUUAUCUCCUUCCAAAUAACAGCUUAAACAAGUGUUUUAUCCAUUUUUUACAUUAAAACCUGAGGCUUUGUAUUUUUUACAAUAAAUAUGAAAAAACUUA